AUGUGCUUGUGUGGAUUAUUGGGAGUUGUACUUCCACAGCUUACUGCAUUGAAGCGGGUGUCUUUAAUUUCUCUUCAUGGGAAGAUGAAGCAGAUAGCAAGGGAGAAAGCCUUGGCUUCAUUUACAUCUCUUCAGGAUGGAAUCCUUCUGUGCACUGAUGUUGCAGCUCGUGGACUUGACAUUCCAGGCGUUGAUUGCAUAGUGCAGUAUGAUCCUCCUCAAGAUCCUAAUGUAUUUGUUCACAGAGUUGGGAGGACUGCUAGAUUAGGGCGUCAAGGAAGUGCCAUUGUUUUUCUUUUACCAAAGGAAGAAGCAUAUGUGGAAUUUUUGCGCAUUAAAAGGAUUCCAUUAGAAGAGAAAAUGUGCUGCGAAGAUGCGCUUGAUGUGGUUCCCCUUAUACGUGAUGCUGCUAAGAAAGAUCGCGAUGUGAUGGAAAAAGGUCUAAGGGCAUUUGUGUCCUACAUUCGUGCUUAUAAAGAACAUCAUUGCAAUUUCAUUCUCAGAUGGAAAGAUCUAGAGAUUGGAAAGUUAGGGAUGGGGUAUGGUUUAUUACAGCUACCUUCAAUGUCAGAAGUAAAACAAAAUUCACUUUCUACAGCGGGUUUUAUUGCUGUUGAAGAUUUAAAUCUGGAAGAGAUCAAGUUCAAGGAUAAAUCUCGAGAGAAACAACGAAAGAAAAACUUGCAGAUAAAGAAAGAGAAGCCACAGGAAGAUAAAACCCACAAGGCUAAAGCUGCUAUGAAGAACGCAACUAUGGUGAUGAAGAAGAGAACAGCUAAACAAAGACGUGCUAAACAGUCUGCUGAGGAUGAUGAUGAACUUACUAGAGAUUAUCGCCUUUUGAAAAAGCUUAAAAAGGGGGGCUAUUAAUGAAACCGAGUUUGCUAAACUAACUGGAACUGAAGACUUGCUUUGAGCUGAGAUGGAGGC